UUGAAUUGGGAAAUGGAUUUGUCAAGAAGACGAUAACGGAUAUGGAAAUGUUCGUUGAUUUUUAAUUGAUUUUUGGAUUGUUAAUUUCUGAGUUUGAUUGAAUCGAUUUCUGGGACAAUCGUGUUAGAUUAGAAGUUGCCAUCGAAAAUAUUGUGCCGGUGGUCACGAAUCACGAUGUUCGGUCUUCUCUGUGGAAGAGUAUUUUUUUUCCCAGUGAGAUAUUUGUACUUCCCUUUCACUUCCGCUCCCGCUCACUUCUAUUAUUGAAGUCCAGCAUCAAGUAAAAGCUCUAGAAUGCUUCUUUGGAGAAGAACAACUCUCUCCUUCUUUAACAAUCAUCUUGUACGCCACCACCUCCGCUCGCUGGCAACCGCCUCGCCGAAACCCCACCUUGCCAACCCCAUUACGCCGGUGAACCCCCAACAACUCCUCCGAGUGUGCACCGUUCUCUACCAGCAGCAGGACUCGCCGGAGCCCAGGCUCCACUCCAAGCUCUGGUCCUGCGAAUUUGAUCUCACCCACGAGUUCUUCAUUCAGGUGUGCAACAGAUUCCCUUAUUCAUGGCGACCUGUGUACCGCUUCUUUCAUUACACCCAAACAUAUCCGUCUUUCGAUCACACCUCCGUCUCCUUCAACAAGAUGCUCGAUGUCAUCGGGAAAUCCAGGAACAUCGAGAUUUUCUGGGAACUUCUACAAGAGAUGGGACGGCGUCGUUUGGUGAACGACAAGACUUUUCGGAUUGCAUUGAUGGUUUUAGGAGCUGCAAGAGAGCUAAAGAAGUGCGUGGAGCUCUUCCACUUGAUGAAUUCCAAUGGCUAUGCGUACAAUUUAGGGACCCUGAAUAAGGUGGUUGAAGCUAUGUGUGGACGUAAGCUAGUUGUGGAGGCUAGAUUUGUUGUUUUCAAGUUAAAAGAAUGGAUUAAACCCAAUGGGGAUACUUACAAGUAUUUGAUUAGGGGUUUCUGUGACGGGGGUGAUGUCAUUGAAGCUUCAAAAAUCUGGAAUUUGAUGGUGGAUGAAGAGUUCAAGCCUGACGUGGAAGUGGUUGAGAAAAUGAUGGACACCUUUUUCAAGAAGAAUCAGUAUGACGAGGCUAUCAAGCUCUUUCACACAAUGAGGGUAAAGAGGAUAGAUGAACUUGGUCUCUCAACUUACAGGCUUGUGAUCAAAUGGAUGUGUAAGAAGGGAAUGAUCUCUCAAGCACAGGUAGUGUUCGAAGAAAUGCGCCAGGGAGGUAUUCAUGCUGAUAACUCAACAAUGGGAUUUCUUACGUAUGGGCUUUUAGCAAGAAGGAGAGUUAGAGAGGCUUAUAAGAUUGUGGAAGGGAUUGAAGAACCAGAUAUAAGUGUCUACCAUGGCUUGAUGAAAGGUCUUUUGAGGUUGAGAAGGGCAAAUGAAGCAACUCAGGUGUUCAGGGAGAUGAUCAAAAGAGGUUGCGAACCAACUAUGCAUACCUAUAUAAUGCUGUUGCAGGGGCAUUUGGGGAAGAGAGGAAGAAAGGGGUCAGAUCCACUUAUCAAUUUUGACACCAUAUUUGUGGGCGGAUUAGUGAAAGCUGGGAAGUCAUUGGAAGCAACCAAGUAUGUGGAGAGGGUGAUGAGCAGAGGGCUUGAGGUACCUAGGUUUGAUUAUAAUAAAUUUUUGCACUACUAUUCAAAUGAGGAAGGCGUCAUUAUGUUUGAGGAGGUUGGGAAAAAGUUUAGAGAGGUAGGGUUAGUUGACUUGGCAGACAUAUUUGAGAGAUAUGGGCAGAAGAUGGUUACUAGAGAUAGAAGAAGAAACAGAGAUCCAUUGCAGCGUUGAAGGUUCUACCGAGUAAUGACUGAAAAUGUCUGAAAACCUGAGGCUAUCCUGAAUUAUGCGGUGACGUCAAGGUAGAGCCCAAUAUUUAUCAUAUAACUGAUGAGAAAAGAUAAGAUUUUCUUGUGACCAAUCUCACAAGGAAAAAGAACUGAGGGAAUUUUGUGGCAUGAGCAAAUGUGUCCACGUUAUAUUGUACAGAGGAGCUUUGGAGCAAUUGUGCCGCUACAAAAGAAGCUGUGUUUUUGUUACCUGGAAAAUAAAAGAAGAAGCUGUAUUUAAAGGGGGCAGUCCUAUAUGUAACAAUGAACAUGUGGGACACCAUGCUGCGUCCUUGGGUUAAUAAACUUUAACCACUGCAACCUUACAAGUUUUAGUGUUCUAUGGUUGAAGGCAACUUCAUUCUUCCAGACUCAUUGCUUCUAGAUUGGUUUCAUGAAAUUAACCAAGGGAAAGAGAGCAGAAUCGGCCAACUAUACGAUAAGGAGGGAGUGAGAGGUUGAGGAGGCUGAGGUGGAGGAGCUUGAACCUUCAACCAUUCGCUCGCCAAAACAACAAUUUCAGGCUGGACCAAUCUCCCCUCUUUUCCGGUGACGAAGGAGAAACUCACCAGCGACAAUAUUAAGGAUGGAUACAAAAUAAAAUGGAGAUGCAGGGGAUCGAGCUACAUCCCCAUUUAACUGUUUAUAUAAAUUUUGAAAUUUUCAUCAUUUGUAUUAAUAAUGAUGAGAACAAUUUGUUUACUAACCUUUUAAUUAAUGCAACUUGUAAAAUUAAUUGGGGUGAAAA